AUGGAGAAAUACACAGACACCAGCAGCCACGCCCCCGAGUCGGACUGUGAAGACGCCUCGCUCAUCACCCCGCCGCAGUACGAGCGCGAAGAGAAAAAACGCCGCCAAUCCUACAUCUACAUCACACUGCUCAACCUCUUCAUCUUCACCAUAUCCAUGCUGUCCCUCACCUGCGCCGUCAUGUCGCAGCGGCAGGCGCCCAGCACGUCGUUUGCAAAGUUCAUGGACGAGCACCACGCCUUCUCACCCGCAACACACAAGGUGGAAUACACCAGCACGACGUUUGCCUUUGCGCAGCCCAUGAACAGCUCCAAGUACGUUGGCACUGCCGAGUCGGUCGACGACGCCUGGCGCGAAAUCGCCUAUGUCCCCGACCAGAUGGUGUCGGUGGCCGACUUCCCCAAGCUGGGCAAGCCGGCGGACGCGCUGCAGGUCACAGACCCGAGGACGGGCGAGACCGGGUACCGUGUUGGCGUUGAAGUGUUCCACCAGCUGCACUGCUUGAAUCUGCUGCGCAUGUCGACGUAUCCCGAGUACUACGGCAAGCAAGAGUGGAGCCAGACCAACGACAAGCCCGAGAAUGUGAGGGCACAUUUGGAUCACUGCAUCGAGGUGCUCCGCGUCAACCUCAUGUGUUUCUCAGACGUCAACGUGUUUACGUUUCACCCCCGCCCAGGAAUGGGGUACUGGCCCGACUACAACAGCAAGCACGUCUGCCGCAACUUUGACACCAUUUUGCACUGGGCCAAGGACAAUGCCAUGCCCGAGGCGGAUGUUUGAGCUACGGGUCCUGUGUCUGACUUGUUCGUCGUCGUCUCCGUCCUUGGCGUUUGGUGGGCUGCAAAAGCGAGCAGGCUGCUUCAAUGCUCUUUGGGGCUUGGUGCGGUUCGUGUAUGCUAUCAGCUAUGGGGGAGGCACUUUUUGUUUGUAUAUAAUGCCGUAAUGCCGUGCGUCGACCAAUCAGCGCGUUUUGGUGUACGGGGGCCCUGUCAUGGCGGGACGUGUUGGGUUGCAUGUGUAUGUAUGUAGCGCCAAUGUGUUUGGGUCGCGUAGGCGUUUCAGACGACAUACUGGCGCAUUGGCACGCAUACAUGGACAUAGAGGGAAAGGCGGGAAAGAGGAAAAACAUCCAUGUAAC